AUGAAACCAGGAAUCCAUCCUCCUGCCAACGAGUCUAUGACCCUAGUCGAGGCCAUCGACUUUCACAGCAAGCACAACACAUACAGACCUGUCUACGUUUUCUCCGAAGAUGGGAACCCAGAUGUCACCAACAUAUCGUACUUGGAAUUCGGACGUGCUGCCGACCGGGUUGCGCAUCACCUCAGGCCACGAAAGGGUGGUCCCGAUCCUCAAGUAGUUGCUGUCGUCGCCCUGUCCGAUUCUUUGCUUUACUUGGCUAUAGUUGUGGGCAUCAUGAGGGCAGGGCUAGUGCCCUACCCAAUGUCUCCUCGUAACACCCCUGCUGCCAUUGUCAAGUUGCUGAAUGAAACAUCCUGCCACAGACUUAUCACUACCCAAGAGACACUUCGCCCUCUACUCGACGAAAUCAAAGCAGAGCUUCCAUCUCUGGUAAUUGAAGAGGCUCCUCCGCUCUUUGACAUCUUCCCCAGACUUGGCCAUGAAAAGCUGGACGACCCAUUUGAACCAUAUUCACAGGGCCCUCGGGCACACAUGGAUGAGGUUGCGAUGUACAUUCACUCGUCUGGAAGCACGGGCAUGCCGAAAACGAUAGCCCAAACCACUAGAAUUCUAAUGGAGUGGUCAAAGUUGCCAUCUAUCACAGAUUGCAAGAGUCAGAUGGCUGCUAUGGCUUUGCCGUCGUUCCAUACGAUGGGCAUUAUGGUUCAGGUCAUGAUCGGCUAUUUUGCAGUGCAGCCUAUCUGCCUGUACCCGCCAAUUGUCACUACACCUACUGGGCAGCCAAUGAUCCCCAGCCCUGAUAACCUGAUGGAUCACAUCAAACGUACAGGAGCGAGAGGUCUCAUUAUAGUACCUGCGCUUCUCCAAGUGUGGGCGAAAGACAAGGAAGCACUGCAUGUUUUGGGUAAUCUGGACUUCGUUAUUUACUCUGGGGGAGGGUUGCCAUCCAGCCUAGGAAACUUUUUGACCGAGUCCGGUGUAUACCUUUCUGCGGUAUACGGUACCACGGAAAUUGGUGCACCGACCAUGUUUUACCGCCGCGAAGAGGACAGCAAGGAAUGGGAUUAUAUGGAGUUUGCCGAUUCCGUUAAAAUACGCUGGGAUCCUCAAGGAGAUGGCACUUAUGAGCUUCAGCUAUUGACCUGUGACACUCAUCACGUUGCGGUGGAGAACCUUCCUGAUACUCGAGGGUACGCAAGUUCAGAUUUGUGGGUUCCACACCCGACCAAAUCCCACCUAUGGAAAAUUGUCGGGCGCAAAGACGAUGUGAUCGUACAUACAUCUGGAGAAAAGACUGUCCCAGCUCCCAUAGAAAACGUUCUCAUGAGCAGCCCAUACAUCAUGGGCACGGUCAUGUUUGGACGAGAGCGAGAGCAGGCUGGUGUGCUCAUUGAGUUGAAGCCUGCGUUUGCGAUUGACCCUAGCAACGAGGACGAGCUUAUCAAAAUGCGCAACAUGCUUUGGCCAAUUGUGGAAGAGGCAAACAAAGUCGCCCCGGCAUUCAGUAGAAUAUUCAAAGAGUUGAUCUUGAUAACGUCUCCCCAGAAGCCUCUUCCGAGAGCGGGAAAGGGCACUGUCAUGAGGAAAGCGGCUGUCAGUAUAUACGCCCCUGAAAUCGAUGCCAUCUACGAUCAAGUAAAUGCGACGGUGGAUGGAGGACGCGUUGUGCCACCGUCAUCAUGGGAUAUCGAAAGUACCAUCGCGUGGCUGAAGAACCAAGUGGAGGAAGUUAGAUCUGGACAGUCAAUCUCUGUUGUGGAUGAUUUCUUCUAUCAGGGUGUGGACAGCCUAGGAGCCACAAUCCUUCGUAGGCGCAUCGUCAGUGCAAUGAAGAACGACGAAACUCUGAAAGCAUCCCAACUCGUCUCGCAAUCGACGAUUUACAACAAUCCAUCCGUCGAAAAGCUGGCCAAGUUCCUAGUUGGCAUCAUUGCAGACCCGGACGGUUUUGUCCUUAGCUCCAACAGGGUUGAUGCCAUUGAUGCUAUGAUCAACAAAUUUUCGACAGGCCUUUCUGCGCCAGUUCAACAGUUGGGUGCAGGGAAUGUGGAUGAAGUGGUUGUCUUGCUCACUGGAUCUACUGGAAACCUUGGGGCACAGAUUCUGGAAGCACUGUUGCGAAAUUCGAGGGCCACUCGGGUGUAUGCGCUCAAUCGGGCAUCCGGGAUGAACACGAAAACAUUGAAGGAGAGACAUGUCGAGCGGUUUGUUGACAAAGGGCUCGAUAUAACACUUCUUGAGUCACCGCGACUUGUGUUACUAGAAGGGGAUGCAUCACAGAAGGGCCUUGGACUAGCGAGUGAGGUUUACGAUCAGCUUCUCAGCUCUGUCACGAUCAUCAUCCACAAUGCAUGGAAACUGGAUUUCAAUCAGUCGUUGCCAUCAUUUGAACCCAAUGUGCAAGGGACACGCAACCUCAUUGAUCUUGCUCGCGCAAGUCGGUUCGGGUCUUCGGUCAAAUUCCUCUUUACAUCUUCUGUCUCAUCCGCAUAUUCAUGGGACAAGACUCAUGGACCGUAUCCUGAAGAGGUUGUCACGGACUCCCGGUAUGCUGUGGGUAAUGGCUACGGCGAGAGUAAAUAUGUGGCUGAAAGGGUUUUGGCUCAAAGUGGUUUGCAAGCAACAUCGUUCAGGAUUGGACAGAUCACAGGAGGCGCACCGAACGGCGCAUGGGCGACAACGGACUGGGUGCCAAUCCUUUUAAAAUCAAGCAUAGCAUUAGGCGCACUUCCUUCAGCAAUUGGCGUUGUUUCUUGGCUUCCUAUGCAUGCUGUGUCGCAAGCUAUCCUCGAUGUGGCCUGGUCAUCGUUGGCAACUGCGGAGCCAGCUCUGAACAUCGUGCACCCCCGUCCGAUCUCGUGGGACACCGUUUUCUCAUUCAUAAACGAAGCUCUGGUUCAAGAGGGGGCCGUCAAGGCACCACUUCCAAUUGUAACUUUCCAGGAGUGGUUCGCUCUUUUGGAGAAGGUGGCGGCGGCGGGUAACUCUGGAUCAGAUCAGGUUCUAAAAGAUAUUCCUGCCAUUAAACUCCUCGAUUUCUUCCGAUUAAAUGCGAAGAUGGACGAGAUACUGCGCAAACAGGGUGACGACACGGUCGAGAGUGGUGGUUUGGCGACGUUCUCUACUGCGAAGAUAGCGUCCAUUAGCGAGACGGUGGGGGCGUUAUCGCCUCUUGAGCAGGCGGAUGCAUCGCUCUGGAUCAAGUACUGGAAGGACACUCAACUUUUCUGA